CUCAGCUCCCCGAUUUUGAAUUCGCAUAAGAGAAUGUAUUCCCGUCCUAGAUCGUUUAAUUUUCGCUUUAUACCCCCAAAUUUAUCUCAUCAAGCCUUCCAUCCGCGUUCAAUUUCACAAAUGCGUUCGCAAAAACCUCAACUCCUGGUCGUAGGCCUCGGAAAUCUACCCUUACCGGGAACACGCCAUAGUUUGGGACACCUCGUCGUGGACGCUUUAGCUUCUCGGUUAGGUAUCAGUCUGUCCACAGAGCGGAAAGGCAUUUCUGGUGGUGGCUUGGUCACUAUCGGUAAAACGCCCGUUCAGCUCACGCUAUUUAAAUCCAAAUCGGCAAUGAACAUCUCCGGUCCUUCUAUCGCUGAAAUCUUUCGACACUCUGUCAAACAUGCGAACGCUCUCAUCGUCCUUCAAGAUUCAAUGUCCCAUCGCUCCGAAGUACUUUCAGCUCGUCUGGGAGGCUCUGCUAAUGGACACAACGGUAUCAAAAGUAUUAUCAAUGCUCUCGGAGGUAAACAAGACUUCCAUCGGUUUCGCUUGGGCAUUGGUGAACGCGGGGGGGCGGAUGCUGCCGUGUAUGUGAUGGGCAGAUUAUCCUCUCAUGAGCGUCAGUUCUGGCAGGAAGAAGGGCUUGAUCAAGUGUUGGAAGAGCUUGAAAAAGUGGCGAUAACGAUUGAAAGUAUUGAUAGUGGUUAAAUUCCGAAUUUGCAACGGGAAAACCUGGUGUCUUUCGCGAGGGCGACGGCAUGUCCAUCAAGACUGAAACAUACGGUGGCCUGGAAUCUGGUCACGUCAACCGACAAUGAGCCUGCCAGAUCUUGUUACAGUGUCCAUCUGACCGACAGCUGGAGAUUUCUCUUGGCCGUAUUUAUGUCUAAAUUAUCGCAGUACUA